UCGCGUAGUCCAAUACCGGUUAGUGCCGGAACAUCGUAAUGAAUUCACUCCCUCUCUUCAUGAACUGACGCUCUCUGUUCGCUCUGCCACACGGAACAAUCAAGAAUCCCCUCCCCUCGAUCUUUUUGCCAAUACCCAGCUGCCAGAAAGAUUCGAUUCCUGUGCCUUCCACUAGCGUCCCGCCUUUUCUGGGGCCAACCAAUUGCCUCCCGAGAACCGUUCCCGAUUCUUCCGGCGACCCUUUUGAUUUCUCGGAAGAUCGCCGGCGUUGUUUCUUUCUGUUGUUUUUGUCGGAUGUUCUUGACAUUACCCGAGAACCAGCUUUCAUCUGCAACUUUCUGAGGGAUGUGUACAUCUGCUUCACAGAUGGCUCAAGAUAAUUCACCAAGUGCCGAUUCACCUCGCCGGCGUUCUGGCCUCUUGCGGGAUCAGGUUCAGAUAGUCAAGAGAAAGGACUCUGAUCGCUUUGAGAUCGUUCAGAUCCAGGAAUCACUUUCAUUCGAGAAGGGUUUUUUCAUAUUUAUUCGGGCGUGUCAAUUGUUGGCCCAAAAGAAUGAUGGGUUAAUAUUAGUUGGAGUAGCUGGUCCUUCUGGAGCUGGUAAGACUGUGUUCACUGAGAAGGUGCUGAACUUUAUGCCCAGCAUUGCUGUCAUAACAAUGGAUAAUUACAAUGACUCCAGCCGUGUAAUCGACGGCAACUUCGAUGAUCCUCGCUUGACGGACUAUGACACAUUGCUUGAGAAUAUUCAUGGUUUAAAGGCCGGGAAGCCUGCUCAGGUUCCAAUAUAUGAUUUCAAGUCUAGCUCUCGUAUCGGCUACAGGACUAUUGAAGUUCCCAGUUCUCGCAUUGUGAUUAUAGAAGGCAUUUACGCCCUGAGUGAAAAAUUGCGGCCUUUGCUUGACCUUCGCGUCUCUGUGACUGGGGGGGUACAUUUUGAUCUUGUCAAACGAGUUCUAAGGGAUAUCCAACGCGCUGGCCAAGAACCUGAAGAAAUCAUUCAGCAGAUAUCUGAAACGGUGUACCCAAUGUACAAGGCUUUCAUUGAGCCUGAUCUUCAGACUGCACAUAUCAAAAUAAUCAACAAAUUUAAUCCUUUCUCUGGAUUUCAGAAUCCCACUUAUAUUCUCAAAUCAACAAGGACAGUAACAGUUGAUCAAAUCAAGGCUGUUUUCCCCGGAACAUAUUCAGAGAGUAUGGAGGAAACUUAUGAUAUAUACCUUCUGCCGCCAGGUGAAGAUCCAGAAGCUUGCCAAUCAUACCUCAGGAUGCGAAAUAGAGAUGGCAAAUACAAUCUUAUGUUUGAGGAAUGGGUUACAGAUAGUCCAUUCAUUAUAUCUCCGAGAAUAACUUUUGAAGUUAGCGUGCGCCUGCUAGGAGGAUUGAUGGCCCUUGGCUACACAAUCGCAUCCAUUCUGAAACGAAGCAGCCACAUCUUCUCUGAUGAGAGGGUGACUGUGAAAACUGAUUGGCUGGAACAGCUUAAUCGCAAGUAUGUUCAGGUACAAGGACGUGACCGUAUGUACGUCAAGUAUGUUGCAGAGCAGCUGGGUUUGGAUGGUUCAUAUGUUUCUCGUACCUACAUAGAACAGAUUCAGUUGGAGAAGCUUGUAAAUGAUGUUAUGGCAUUGCCAGACGAUUUGAAGACAAAGCUCAGCCUAGAUGAUGAUCUUGUUUCCAGCCCUAAAGAGGCACUUUCCCGGGCUUCUGCAGAUAGGAGGAUGAAAUAUCUCAGCCGUGGGAUGUCUCAGUCUUUCUCCAGUCAGAAAGACAAGAACUUAAAAUUGACCAGACUUGCCAUCAAUAAUAGAAGGUUUGAUGGAAGAACUUUAGAACCGCCCGCAAUUGCAAGCCAGGGAGUGAUUACUCAUCUAUCCGACCAAAUAUCCACGCUCAAUGAGAGGAUGGAUGAAUUUUCAUCUCGUAUCGAAGAGCUCAAUUCCAAGUCCAACACCAGAAGAGUUUCAGCUAGUCAACAGAACUUAGCACUGCAGGCCGAAGCCUGCAAUGGAUCUGGACCCACUUCUCUUUUUAUAUCUGGCUUAGGAAAUGGGUCUUUGACUGGUCCUUUAAUGCCACAUUCUUCAUCCUCUUCCCAAUUGGCUAAGGACUCCCCACUUAUGGAAGAGAUACUAGUAAUUGCCCGAUCACAACGCCAAAUCAUGCACCAGCUAGACAAUCUGAGCAAUCUUCUACAUGACUACUGGGGGGAGAGGACACGUCAAGCAAGAACAAAUGACGUAACCUCGAUGGCUGAUGUCGUCACCAUCCCUAUUGUACUGACCCUAGCUUUCGGUGGCUUAGGUCUGAUUCUGUUAAAGACCUUGACUACCCAAAGGUGAUUCCUCCGCUUGCAUUAUUACAACGAAACACCACUACUACCCUUCUAUUUCGUAUCUGUAUGUUUUUAAUCUGCAUUGUGGGAAGGCCACCCAUAAUCACUGUAAAGGCAUGUCCCGGGGGGGCUUGUCUACUGUAUAUUGUAGCUUUUCAGCUUCAUCUAUGAUAAAGAGGUUUCUUAUUGGACCA